AGGGGGCGGGACGAUAAGCACAGUAAACAGAAGCACCAGGUUGUUAGGGGCGAAUCCUAAGGAACAGGGGGGCCUACGGCUGUUCGGAUCUAGGUGGAACCGGGAAAGAGUUGGAGACGAAGUGGAGAAAGAGAAAGGAGUCAUUAGAGGGGCUCUUGGGGGCUGCUUUAAGGAACGAUCAGAACUGAGGUUGAAGAGGUCAUGCAAAUGAGCCAACCAGACCAAUCGCAAGCCGGAUAUAGGCGAGUGACUGUCAAGAAGGCCAAUUAAAUCUUCCGGAGGGAACCUGGCCCGGCCUCUUCUCUGAGGGACGGCUGUACCUACCAAUAGCAUGGGCGAGAAGGCGGUCCCUUCGCCGAGCAGGAGGCGGGUGAAGCGGAGCUGCCCUUCAUGUGGCCCAGAUCCUGGGGGUGAAGAGAAGAAGGGCAGAGGGAACCCUAUUUCUGUUCAGCUGUUCCCCCCAGAGCUGGUGGAGCAUAUCAUCUCAUUCCUCCCAGUCAGAGAUGUAGUCGCUCUGGGCCAGACCUGCCACUACUUCCAUGAAGUGUGCGACGCUGAGGGCGUGUGGAGACGCAUCUGUCGCAGGCUUAGUCCUCGUCUGCGAGAGCAGGGCUCUGGGGUCCGGCCCUGGAAGAGAGCUGCCAUUCUUAACUACACGAAGGGCCUGUAUUUCCAGGCAUUUGGAGGCCGCCGCCGCUGUCUCAGCAAGAGUGUAGCCCCCCUGCUAGCCCAUGGCUACCGCCGCUUCUUGCCCACCAAGGACCAUGUCUUCAUUCUUGACUACACGGGGACCCUCUUCUUCCUCAAAAAUGCCCUGGUCUCCUCUACCCUUGGCCAGAUCCAGUGGAAGCGAGCCUGCCGCUAUGUUGUAUUGUGUCGCGGAGCCAAGGAUUUUGCCUCGGACCCAAGAUGUGACACCGUUUACCGUAAAUACCUCUAUGUAUUGGCCACCCGGGAGCAGCCAGCAGUGGUAGGCACAACGGGCAGCCGGGCCUGUGACUGUGUCGAGGUCUAUCUGCAGUCCAGUGGGCAGCGGGUCUUCAAGAUGACCUUCCACCACUCCAUGAGCUUCAAACAGAUUGUGCUGGUUGGUCAGGAGAACCAGCGGGCUCUACUGCUUCUCACAGAGGAAGGAAAGAUCUACUCUUUGGUAGUGAAUGAAACCCAGCUGGACCAGCCACGCUCCUACACAGUUCAGCUGGCCCUGAGGAAGGUGUCCCGUUGCCUGCCUCACCUUCGUGUGACCCGCAUGGCUUCUAACCAGAGCAGUACUCUUUACAUCACAGACCAGGGGGGAGUAUAUUUUGAGGUGCAUACCCCAGGGGUGUAUCGUGAUCUCUUUGGGACCCUUCAAGCCUUUGACCCCCUGGACCAGCAGAUGCCGCUUGCUCUCUCACUGCCUGCCAAGAUACUAUUUUGUGCUCUUGGCUACAAUCACCUUGGCUUGGUGGAUGAAUUUGGCCGAAUCUUUAUGCAGGGAAAUAACAGAUAUGGGCAGCUGGGAACAGGGGACAAAAUGGACCGAGGGGAACCCACACAGGUGCAUUAUCUGCAACGUCCCAUUGCCCUGUGGUGUGGCCUCAACCACUCUCUGGUGCUGAGCCAGGGCUCGGACUUCAGCAAGGAGCUUCUGGGCUGCGGCUGUGGGGCUGGAGGCCGCCUCCCUGGCUGGCCUAAGGGGAGUGCCUCUUUCGUGAAGCUCCACGUCAAGGUCCCUCUGUGUGCCUGUUCCCUCUGCUCUACCAGAGAGUGCCUCUACAUGCUGUCCAGCCAUGACAUCGAACACCAUCCCACCUACCGGGACCUACCAGCCAGCAGGGUGGUGGGGACCCCCGAGCCCGGCCUGGGAGCUGGAGCACCCCAGGACCCUGGGGGGGCAGCCCGGGCCUGUGAGGAGUACCUCAGCCAGAUCCACAGUUGUCCCACAUUGCAGGAUCGCAUGGAAAAGAUGAAGGAGAUCGUGGGUUGGAUGCCCUUGAUGGCUGCACAGAAAGAUUUCUUCUGGGAGGCCCUGGACAUGCUGCAGAGGGCUGCUGGAGGGGUUGGCCCGGGCCCCUCAACCCCUGAGAGCUGAGCCCCUUUCCUAGUCUUAACCCCUGGAGGGAGAGUCUGGCCCUGGGCCAGGAGCUAAGGAGAGUGGGAUGGUAGCAAUAAACAUUGUAUGUGCACAUGGGGAGGGGUGGGAAUUGCUAGGCUUGCCAAGGUGGGCAGGGAACCGUUUUGUAAAAUGUUCAGGGGGCUGCCCGGGAGGGACCCCCCACCUGACUAUCAUGGACAAGAGAUUUGAUGGGCAAAUAGAAUAAAAGGCUGAAGUGAG